AUGGCGUUAGAAGUGCUGGAGGCCCUUGAUUCAGCGCGCACACAAUGGUACCACGUGACGGCCAUAGUGAUUGCUGGGAUGGGCUUUUUCACCGACGCUUACGACCUCUUUUGCAUCUCCACAGUUUCAAAGCUCUUAGGUCGUUUAUAUUACUUCGACCCAAGCACAUCAAAACCAGGGAAGCUUCCAACGGCGGUCAACAACUUUGUCAUUGGUGUUGCUCUCGUUGGAACACUCACUGGCCAAUUAGUCUUUGGCUGGCUUGGUGACAAACUGGGCCGAAAGAAGGUGUACGGAAUCACUCUGAUUCUCAUGGUCGUCUGCGCCUUAGGUUCUGGCUUAUCUUUCGGCUCAACGGCUAAGUCCGUCAUGGGAACACUUUGUUUCUUCAGAUUCUGGCUUGGCUUCGGCAUCGGCGGAGACUACCCUCUCUCAGCCACCAUCAUGUCCGAAUACGCCAACAAGAGGACACGUGGUGCUUUCAUAGCCGCGGUGUUCGCUAUGCAAGGAGUGGGAAUUAUAUUCGCGGGAUUGGUCUCAAUGAUCCUCUCAGGGAUUUUCAAGUCCUAUUUUCAGGCUCCGAUAUUCAAAGAAAACGCCGUUUUGUCGACGCAACCCGAGGGUGACCUUUUGUGGCGGUUGGUGCUAAUGAUUGGAGCAGUGCCUGCAAUGUUGACUUAUUACUGGCGAAUGAAGAUGCCCGAAACGGGGCGUUACACCGCUAUCAUAGAGGGGAAUGCUAAGCAAGCCGCUGCGGAUAUGGCAAGAGUUUUGGACAUUGAAAUCCAAGCAGAACAAGACAAGUUGGCUGACUUUAAAGCUGCGAAUAAUUACCCUAUUUGGUCAAACGAGUUUUUUCAACGUCACGGGCGUCACCUUAUCGGAACGAUGAGUUCUUGGUUCUUGUUAGACAUCGCUUUCUAUAGUCAGAAUCUGACUCAAAAGGAUAUUUUCCCAGCGAUGGGGCUUAUUGCUUCGGACACAAACAUGAAUGCUUUGGAAGAAGUGUUCCAAACAUCACGUGCCAUGUUCGUGAUUGCUUUGCUUGGGACCUUUCCUGGUUAUUGGUUCACCGUUUUCUUUAUUGAGAAGAUUGGGCGAUACAAGAUCCAACUCAUUGGGUUUUUCAUGAUGUCGUUUUUCAUGUUUGUUAUAGGUGUCAAGUAUGAUUACCUUAAAAACGACAACAAAAACAUGUUCGCUCUUCUUUAUGGGCUCACGUUCUUCUUUGCCAAUUUUGGCCCGAACAGCACAACCUUCGUGCUGCCCGCGGAGUUGUUCCCAACGCGCGUGAGAUCCACCUGCCACGCGCUCAGCGCUGCGGCGGGGAAGGCAGGGGCCAUGGUGGGGGUUUUUGGGAUUCAGAGUUACACUUUGAACGGUGAUUUGCAUAAGAUUCGAAAGGCAAUGAUGAUUCUGGCGGUGACUAAUUUGUUAGGGUUUUUCUGUUCGUUUUUGGUUACUGAAACGAAGGGACGGUCACUGGAAGAAAUUUCAGGCGAGGAUGCGAAAGAGAGUGAACUCACACCAACGCCGAAUAAUAGAAUUGCGGUGACUCGUGAGGGAUCGCGAACGACGGAAACAAUGUGA